UGAUGCCAUACAAACAAAUACAUAUCACUCGUUAGCGCCCUUUCUCUCUCUCACACAUACAACACACAGUCCGAAAUCAAACUUUGAUCGGAACUGUUAAUGGAGCUCCGGUCAAUUCAAUCGCCGGUUGUCAGCAGCAUACCUACAAAAGGCUCCAUUGAAAACCGCCAGCUCAUUUGUAACCGCCAGCUCAUAAGCUCGUUUGGUGCGAAGAAAGCUGUUCGAUCAAAUGCUGUGAAGUUUAAACCUAUUCGGUUCAACAUUCAAGCCUCAGGUGCAACAACAGUUGGUUUACAGCCUGCUGAAACGAAAACAAAAGAUGGCGAAAAAGACGAAAAUCUUGUUUUUGUUGCAGGAGCAACCGGAAAAGUUGGUUCACGAACAGUAAGGGAGCUUUUGAAAUUAGGAUUUAACGUUCGAGCUGGUGUACGAAGUACUCAAAGAGCAGAACCUUUGGUGAAGAGUGUGCAGCAGAUGAAGCUUGACGACGCGUUAUCCGAUGGAAGUCAGCCUAUAGAGAAGCUUCAGCUUGUGGAGUGUGAUUUGGAGAAACCAGAGCAAAUUAAGCCUGCAUUGGCCAAUGCUUCAACGGUUAUAUGUUGCAUUGGGGCGAGCGAGAAGGAAAUAUUUGAUGUUACCGGGCCCUACCGAAUCGACUUUCUAGCCACAAAAAACCUUAUUGAUGCAGCUGCUGCUGCAAAAGCGAAACACUUUUUUUUGGUUACUUCUUUGGGAACUAACAAGUUUGGAUUUCCUGCUGCUGUAUUGAAUUUGUUUUGGGGUGUCCUAUGUUGGAAAAGGAAGGCUGAAGAAGCACUGCUUGCUAGUGGGAUUCCUUACACUAUAGUGAGACCCGGAGGCAUGGAGCGUCCUACAGAUUCCUUCAAGGAAACACAUAAUCUUACCCUCUCUCCAGGAGAUACUUUAUUUGGUGGUCUAGUUUCGAAUUUACAGGUGGCAGAACUCCUUGCGUUUAUGGCUAAAAACCCCAAUCUUUCAUAUUGUAAAGUACUAGAAGUAGUUGCGGAAACAACAGCACCAUUGACCCCCAUGGGUGACCUCCUAACAAAAAUACCACCUCAACGCCCCAUACCUGUCCAACCUAAGGAACCGGAAGCUAUUAAAGAACCCGAACCUGUUCCUAAAAAAAGCACCAUAUCUGAGAGUUCAAGCAUUGCCACUGAAACACAACCCCAGUCAAAAACUGCUUCCGCAAGACCACUUUCCCCAUAUACCGUCUAUGAAGGUUUGAAACCCCCUACGUCUCCAAUUCCAUCGACACCUGGUAGCAAUAAGGCUGUGGUUGAAGCAGUAUCAGCUCCUCCUGCUGAUCCUGAAACUAGCACAAAAUCAGAAACAAUUACUGUUACAACUGAACCUGCACCAGUGGCUGCAGGGUUGCAGAAACCCAGACCUCUCUCUCCUUAUACUGCCUAUGAAGGCUUGAAACCUCCUUCAUCUCCAAUCCCAACGGCACCUGGUGGUAGUAAGGCUGUGGUUGAAGCAAAGGCUGUGGUUGAAGCAGUAUCAGCUCCUCCUGCUGAUCUUGAAACUAGCACAGAGUGGGAAUCAAUUACUAUUACAACCGAACCUGCACCAGUGGCUGCAGGAUUGCAGAAACCCAGACCUCUCUCUCCUUAUACAGCCUAUGAAGGUUUGAAACCCCCUUCAUCCCCAAUUCCAACGGCACCUGGCGGCAAUAAGGUUGUGGUUGAAGCAAAGGCUGUGGUUGAAGCAGUAUCAGCUCCUCCUGCUGAUCUUGAAAUUAGCACAGAAUCAGAAACAGUUACUAUUACAACUGAACCUGCACCGGUGGCUGCAGGAUUGCAGAAACCCAGACCUCUCUCUCCUUAUACCGCGUAUGAAAAUCUGAAGCCUCCUACAUCACCAUGUCCAAGUACCCCAUCAGUAUCACCACCGCCACCACCACCACCUUCCCUUGUAGAUAACGGGUCUCCUGUUGCUUCCACACCAGAAGACAAACCCGAAGACACCCCAGCUCACGCAUCAGUGAAACCUAGGCCACUUUCACCGUACCCCAUGUAUGAAAACUUGAAGCCUCCAAGUUCUCCUACUCCUUCCACUCCUCAAUGAAUGAUGAGUUUAAAACAAUGGCAUGGAUUCAUAUUUCUUUGGGUGCACUUUUUAAUGAUGGAAAUUGAUGCAAGGAGAUGUGAAAAGUAUAUAAAUAUGUAUAGUAGAUCCGGAAUGUAAAACAAACUUAGAGGCAUUAUUAGACAAACAACCGAAUUUCACCCCAUUUUUUCAUUGUAAUCUUGAAAUCGGUACAUGAUGCACAUACAUUUAUGGAUCAUUUCUUUCUCAAACUUCCAAUGGGGUAAUUGUAGGAAACUUUCUUUUAUCAGA